CAUUUCCUGGUGGCGACGAACCGAACAGGUGUUGCUAUCUCAUGAGGACACCCCUCCUGUACUCGGUACCUGCAUCGGCUGUUGUGAAGAUGAACGUAAACUUGACCGUCCCUGUCGUUCUGUUUCUCCUGCUCUGCCUGAACAUCUUCCUUCCGGCAAAGAGCGCAUGUAAACAUUCGAUCCGUAAACCGCGGGGCCAUAUAUGGAGCAUAACGAAUGUGACGUUAGACCAUUGCGAGUGGGACAUCCGGUUUUUUCCAUUCAAGAUAAUCUUGAUUAAUUUUGACUCCUCCGGUUACCGGCGAGGUUCGGAAAACUGCACCGCCGACCUUCUGACGUUUCACGACGGAAACUCUCCAACUAGCAGAACUAUCGACACGUUCUGUGGAGACCAGACUCCAUCGACUGACAUCGACGACACCGGGCGUUUGUUAGACCUGUCCACAGCGAGUACCGGCCAUCAGAUGUACGUCGUCUACAACCGCAACCUUCUGUCUCAGCGCAGAUCCGAGUUUAACCUUACAUUCACUACAAGGGACAAUAGUGAGUACAAAUCAUCUUCAUUAUCAUCAAGGAAUAAUUCAAAACCGUUCUCUUAG